AUGGAGGUGUAUGACGUAGAAGAACUCUGCUUUCCACAGCUCUAUAACACGUCGUGCAGGAAGCCAAAAAUGUCAAGGAGCCCGCUUGUGUUUCUGCUGUUUUUCAUCAGUGUGCCCACUGUGACGCUCAAUCUGCUUGUGAUCAUUUCAGUCUCCCAUUUCAGGCAGCUUCACAAAACCACAAACUUCCUGCUCCUGUCUCUGGCCGUAUCAGACAUCUUGGUGGGCCUUGUUCUUUGUCCAGGUGAAGCUGUCAGACUGACAUCUUGUUGGCUUCUUGGUGAUGUCAUGUGUUUAAUGUACAUACAUCUUGUCAGUAUGAUUUCCAGUGUCUCAGUUGGAAAUAUUGUACUGAUAUCUGUGGACCGCUACAUGGCUAUAUGUUACCCUCUGCAUUAUCACAGGAGAAUCACUGUGACAAGGAUACGACUGUGUAUCAGUGUGUGCUGGAUUUAUUCAGCUCUGUACUGUAUUACAUUUGUGAAGGACGGCGUUAGUGCAAAACAGGCCUCUUGUCACGGAGAGUGUUUGUUUUUCAUCGAUUUUGGUCCUGCAGUUUUAGAUCUUAUUUUGACCUUUACGGUUCCCGUUACGGUCAUCAUAGUUCUCUACAGCAGAGUGUUCGUAGUGGCCGUUUUUCAGGCCCGAGCCAUCCGCUCCUCUGUUACAGCCGUAUCUCUGCAGCGUUCAGCAAAAGUCCAGAGAUCUGAGCUGAAAGCAGCCAGGACUCUCGGCAUUUUAGUCGUCGUGUUUCUAAUAUGUUUCUGUCCGUUUUACUGUGCUGCUCUAGGAGGCGACGUAUCGUUUAACACGUUUGCUGCCGUGCUGUGUCUUUUCUGCAUCAACUCUUCCCUGAACCCUUUAAUCUACACCAUAUUUUAUCCCUGGUUUAGAAAAACCAUUAAACACAUUGUGACACUGAAGAUAUUCCAGCCUGGCUCCAGUAAGGCUAACAUACUGUAG